CCCGAACCAUCCCCCGACACUUUCUCUAAAUAGGCAAAAGUCACUCUCCUUUCUACGGUGUCUCUGUCUCAAAAUUAAGGCUGCGAUUAAUAUUAGGGACCUUAAUAUUAGCAAUUUAAUUUGUUCCUCAAACUCCCUCCACUUGUCACAAAUCUUUACUAAGAAAGAUCACCCUCCCUUCUCUUAGGGUGGUGGGGAGGGGGGAGGGGGUAAUGGUGUUGUGAAAAGUUUCAAGAAUGAUAAGAUAGAAUUUAUGAUUUGGGAUAAAGGGGUCUUUAAUAGAAUCUUUUCUUGAAUUUUUGGACAAACAUGGAUGACAAUUAAUUACUAGUAACAAACACACAUUUGUUGAGGUUGUUUUCUUAUUUGACUUUAUACAUGGCUCUAGUAAUGCAGUUUCGGUCCACAUUGGUAUUCUUACGUUGGAUUUUGUCCUCUAUUCAAUUGCUCUUCUUAUAAUCUUCCCUUCGACUCUCUGUUUCGUUUCGGCUGAUGAUAGACUCUUAACAUAUUUUAGAAGGAGAAAGCUGUAAGUUUUCGCGUUUGUGUAGAGCAAUUGUCUUUGCUUUUGUGUUUCAUAGCGUCGCACCAACUUGCAUGCAACUGGACUAUUUUAUCGGGGCAUGGUUGUAAUUUAGAGAACAUCUUGUGCGGUGCUUAUAAUCAUACAUACCUCAGAAAACAAAGCUGUAGUUUCUGCACAGAAGAAUCUCUCUUCCUCAGUUUCUGUUCAAGACUUCACGUUGUUUGAGAUGGAAAAUGAGAAACAUAAUGAUUCUUCUCCUAGAGGAAUUAUUGAAGCGUGCAUCAGAAACCAGGAGAAUGACUCCGAUUCUCCUAAAGCUAAACCCUCAGGGUCUCACUUCUGCUUGUCAAAUCCACGGAUGCCCUCUCGAUGGCACAAGUUCUUCAAAAUGUGGAAGAGGAGCUCCAUCAAGAGACUACCUACCUUUCCACCUUUAGCCGUUCCGAGGAUAUCGAGAAGGAAAAGCAGAAGUGUGAGGGAGAAUGUAGCAACAGGUUUCUGUCACUUCAAAUCCUCCUGGAAGAACUUCAGCCUAUCUGACCUGAACAAUGCUACCAAUAAUUUCAGCGAAGAAAACUUGAUUGGCAAAGGAGGGUAUGCUGAAGUUUAUAAGGGUUGUUUGCCUGAUGGUCAGCUUGUCGCGGUUAAGCGCCUCAAUAAAGGUACAGCAGAGGAGCAGGAAACAAGCUUCCUAUGUGAGAUUGGUACUAUAGCACAUGUAGACCAUCCUAAUACCGCAAAGAUGGUUGGUUAUGGAGUGGAAGGAGGGACAUACCUUGUUCUUGAGUUAUCUUCUCAAGGGAGCUUAGGAUCGUUUCUUCGCGGCUCAAGGGAUAAACUAGAUUGGGCUGCUAGGUACAAAAUAAUUUUUGGUAUAGCAAAUGGCCUACUUUACCUUCACGAGAAUUGCCAAAGGCGGAUUAUACACAGAGAUAUUAAAGCUGAUAAUAUUCUACUUACGGAGGAUUUUGUGCCUCAGAUCUGUGACUUUGGCCUCGCAAAGUGGCUUCCCAAAGAGUGGACACAUCAUAAUGUGGGCAAGUUUGAAGGCACAUUUGGUUAUUUUGCUCCCGAGUAUUUUAUGCAUGGCAUUGUGGAUGAGAAAACCGAUGUAUUUUCUUUUGGUGUGCUGCUAUUGGAGAUAAUAACUGGAAGACAAGCAUUAGAUGAUUCACAGCAGAGCCUUGUGCUUUGGGCAAAGCCUCUGCUCGAUAAGCAUGACGUGAAAGGACUAAUUGAUCCUGUUCUUGGUGAUAAGUUCAAUCCAGAAGAGAUGCAGCAUGUGAUUCUAACAGCUGGCUUAUGUGUAGAACAGAACCCACUUAUGCGGCCUCGAAUGAAUCAGGUUAUGGUCCUGCUGAGAACUGAUGGCGGCUACAAUAAGAAAUGCUUGCGAAGGACAUAUUCAGAAGAACUCAUGGAUGCAGCCGAGUACAACUCGACAAAAUGCUUGCAUGAUCUUAAACAGCUUAAGCUAAGAAAUUCAGUUUCUGAAGACAACAUAAAGACACCUUAGCAGCUUAGCUAGAAUUGGUAAUCAUUUUGUUGCAUAGUUUAGUCACAGCUUAAAGGAAAAUUAAGUUUUUUGGGUGUGUUUUUUUCACCCUCAUAUGUACUUUCAGAUAAUCUUCCCUGUUUUGCAUGGAAUUUGAGAAAGAGGUAGAAAGGCCCUCACUCAUUCAAAUGUCAUGGGAAACACAGUGCACUGUGUAAACCCUCAGUCCAUGUAUAUAUUAGACAUAUGGAAACUAUGUUUGUAAGUUAAAUGGUUCAAAGUGCAUUUUUUUUAUUUAAACGAUAGUGUUUGGGC